AGCUGGAGUUGCGGCAGCAGCGUGGCUCCAUCUCUCAGGGUGCGUUGGUUUUGACCGUGCGGGACCGCCAGGAGCCGCUGGGCAGCGGAGGGGCAACGCUGAACGCUCUGCUGGUCGCUGCUGAACACCUGAGCAACAGAGCAGGAUACACUGUGGUGACAGCUGACGUCCUGGAUGAUGCUCACAUCCUCAUCCUCCACACAGGUCAUGACUUCCCCUGGAGCUCCUGCAGCAGAGCGUUCUGCUGGCUGCCUUCAGAGAAACACAACCAGAGAGUCCAGGCUCCGCUGUGUUGCCUGGACCUACUGCUGGACUGCCUCAGUACCCAAAUCUGUCCUGGUUCCCCUCCUGGUGUUUGGGUCUGCAGCACAGACAUGAUCCUCAGCAUCCCUCAGGACUUUGUUUUGUCCUGGGAGGGUUUCUCUGGUGUUCGGGUUUUGGCGUUGCCAGGCGACGUCUCCUACGCAGCCAAUCACGGCGUCUACCUGUCCGACCAACAGGGUCGGGUCAGAGACAUCAUCUAUAAGGGAACAAAGGAGCAGAUUCAACAGGCUGUGAUGCCUGAUGGGAAAGUGCCACUGGUGUCGGGUCCAGUCUUCUUCAGCAGGUCUGUAUCAGAGAAGCUGCUGCAGACUCACGUCACUCCUCCUCUGGACGGCUGCACCUACCUGGGCCUGGACUCUGGAGCUCCGCCCCUCCAGGUUUCUCUGUUCCUGGACAUGUUGAAGUGUCUCUGCUCAGAUCUGACUCAGGAUCAGUUUGUGAGCGGAGAGAGAGCAGGCUGCAGUUCAGUUGUUGGACCACAGGGAGCGAUGGUGAGAAGCGGCAGGACAGAGCUGUGGAGGAUCCUGAGAGGAGCUCCACUCAGUCUGGUUUACGUCCCCGGCGGUCGCUAUGACUACCUGACCCUGUCUGGGAAGCAUCACGUGGAGCGACUGAGCCGUGAUUGGACGGACAAAAACACUCUGUCUCACAUCCAGAAACAGAGCCAGGUGGAUGAAGGAGGGCGAGUGAUCAACAGCGUCCUGGAGGGAGACGUUACUGUGGCGACUGGAGUGGUGGUGCAACACUGUCACCUGCAGGGUCCUCUGGAGGUCCCGUCUGGUUGUUUACUGUCGGGUCUGGAGUUGAUGACAUCACAGUGUAUCAGGCAGCUGCAGCUGGCCGAUGACAUCAUCAUCCAGGAACAUCGAAUAGCGGUGGGGGAGCUGAAGCUGAACGUGUACACGGUGACGGGAGCACAGGACGACCUGGAGGUCUCCUGUGAUGACAGCAGCGCCUCCUUCCUGAACCAGAGAUGGAGUCUCUUCUUCAGCAGAACAGGAAUCCAGUAA